AUGGGAGUCGUUUCGGUUGUAUGCCACGAGGUCCCUAUGGACAAGGGGACAAGUGAAUCCUCCCACAGCAUUGGGUGUUUUCAAUUGGUGAACCAUGGAAUCCCGGUGGAGCUAAUUGGGUCGGUUUCGGCGGCGGCGGCCACCGGAGUUUUCGGUGUCUCGCCGGAGAAUAAGGCGGCGGUGGCGAGAUCGCCGGAGAAGGCGUAUGGGUUUGAGGAGUGUUGGCAUGGAGAGGAUGAGAGUGAACUGAGUGAAGAGUUUGUUUGGAGCAGAGAUGAACGUUUGAAGAUGGAAAUGGAAGCGAUUUCGCCGUUUGGAUAUUCAAAUUUCAGCAAGAAAAUGGAAGCCCUCACAGAAGUAACAGAGAAAGUGGGCGAGAAAAUGCUGGAAAUUUUCCGGGAAAGUUGUGGGAAAUUAGAAUUUGCAGAGAAGGAAGGGCAUGGAUCAGUGUGGUGUGUGUACAAGCAGAAGGAGAGAGUGGAUUGGGAUAAUGAAGAGUGGGAAAACUGUUUGAAACAUGAUGUGAUCAGAAUGCUUAUAAGGGGAAAUGAUUUCUCCCAUGCUUUUUCCUUCCACUUCUGCCAUGGAUCUUCUUCUCUCUUCCAUGUUUACUCCAAGAGAGGCUGGGUUUCUUUUGUUCCCGAUCAGUCCGCCAUCGUUGUCACCGUCGGAGAUCUUAUUCAGGCAUGGAGUGGUGGGCAGCACAAGCAUGUGAUUGGUAGGCCAAUUUACAGAGAUCAUAAGAAAGAGGAAAAUAAUGGAAAUAGUAAUAAUAUUAAUAAUGGCAUCUCAUUGGCUUUUUUCUUUUCUCCAAACUCUACCUUUUCUUCUUCUUCUUCAAUUGCCCCUCAACCUCCCAUUGAAAUCAAGACUCUUUCAUUAGCCCAUCAGGCUCUAUUUGCUCUCUUUUUCACUCUUCUUUACAAGUUUUUGUUCUACAUUCUCAAAUAAAUCUUAGCUUUCACAA